GCUAAAUAAGUGUGCAUGCUAUCUUAUCUUGCACGGAACAGACUGAGAAUGUAGCUAGUAUUGUUUUAGCUAUAACUUUUAUUUUACAUUUAUUUUAGCAGAGGUAAAGGUAAAACACGUAACCAUAGAGCAAAAUGCCAUUUAACCAUCAAAAUGAUAGUAAAUAUGGGAAGGCCAUCAGCGCAUCUGAAGAUCACGUUGAUAACGCGACAGGAUAUUUGAACGAAGAAAUCUCUCACCCCAAUCCUCUUCCUUCAGGUUCUUUUGAAGAUGGCAUGUCCGCAAAAUACAUCAUCGAUCUUGAUAUGCUAAGUGUGGAGCUGGAGGAACGAACCAAGGAGACCCAAAAGCUUCAAGAAGUUGUUGAACAAGCUUCCAGACUCGUUUUGGAAAGGAUGGACCCUACAUUUAACAAUACAGAUACGACAUUGGAUAAUAUUUCUGCCACAAACACAGAAUUAAAGGGAUCCAAAGAAUAUGGCAUUUCCAGACCACAGUCAGCCUACCAACCAAUCAAUUAUGAUGAUGUACACAAAACAAGGUGUCUAAACUUCCCAGGAAGAGAUGUUCUUGAACAUGCAAUAGAGGAGUAUUCUCAGCAGGUUUUAGAUCUACAAAGGCAACUCAGAGAGACAUAUGAGAUACAUGAGCAGCAGAAAUGUAAUUUCCGCCAGACCAUCAUUGAAUUGCAGACCAAACUGCAUGAAAACCAAAUUGAGAAAGAUGCUGUGGUAGACGUAAGGCUGGAGGAGUAUGGAAAGCACUCUGAGCUAAUGGGGCAACUGCAGGAGGUGGUUCUGGAGCUGCGCACGGUAAAGCAGGAGGAGGCUGAGCGUCGAGACGAGGCUCUGACCAAGAGAGCAGAGGGCGCGGAGCAGGAAUUGCAGGAUGUCUUCACCAGGCUCUCAGAAUAUGAGAGGCGCAGUGGAAAGAUCUGCCAUGUGCGCUGCAAUGGCUUCUUCAGCCCCAGUCAACAGCAGCUGGGGCCUGCAGUGGAGAAAGCACUACAAGACCUGGAGAAUGAGAACCGUCUUCUCCAGGAGAGACUGCAGCUGGUGGAGGGAAAGAUGGAGCAUUUGCUGAAAGAUGGUCAGGGAAGGACAGAGUCUCUUCUAAAGGAACAGAAAGAGAGAAUAGAUCAGCUAGUUACCAGUCAUGACCAAGAGAUGGCAGUGUUGACUAAGAAACUGAGUACCUCUCAAAAUAAUGCAGCCAGUCUGCAUCUCCAGGCGCAAUUAUUACAAGAACAGGUUGAAAGCCAGGUCUACUUGCACCAAACCCAGAUGAGCGAUUGGGACUCUGCACUUGACACAUUGUGCUCAGACCUGCUGCAGGAACAGCAGACCCACAACGUCAAGACAGAGCUGCGUCUGACGGCAGAGGAGCUUUCUCAGGAGCACAGGCAGAGGCAGCAGCUCUGCAAGAGGCAAGCGGCUCAGUGCCUGAGGCACAAUCUCGAGCUGCACCACCUGAGCGUCCAGCAGUUUGAGAGCCUCUUGUGCCCCCUCACAGAGCCGUGCCAGAGACACCUGAACGUCCAGAAAUCAGCAGAUACAGAACAGCAGGACGCCCAGAGCAAUCUACAGCAGCUUCAGCUGGACAAGGAUGAGGCCGUGCAGCUACAGGAGCUGCGUGAUGAGGAGGUGGCGCGGCUGCGUGCCGUGUUGGGCGAGCGUGACCGUGAGCUGUGGCUGCGGGAGAAGGAGUCUAAGCAGGAGGAGGCGCAGGGGCGCACGCAGGCGCUCCAUGCCCAAGCUGAGGUGCUGUGCCUGAAGCUGGAAGAUGCAGAGAGGAGAAGAGAGCUGCUCAUGGGGUCACUGGAGGCCCUGCAGGAGGAGCAGAGUGGCCUAACCAAACAGCUCGAGCAGCUCCGCCAAGACAACCAGCAGCUGAAGGCUGCCCUACAGGAGGCGGAAGUGAGGCUGAAGGCUGUGGAGAGUGAGAAGAGCCAGCUGCAGGUGGCCCUGUCUGAGCAAACCGAGUGCUUGCACCAAUUAACACUGGAGAAACAGCAGUUGACCACUGAGCUAGAUGCUCAGCGCCUGAACCUAGUGAAGCUCAGAGAAGAACAUCAGGCUUUGAAGGAGCAGCACAGCAGUAGUAGUGAGGAGCUGCUAGCACACAACAGCAAGCUGGCAGCACAGCUAACCAGCACUCGAGCAGACCUGGAGCGGGCCAAGACCAGCCUGAGAGCACUGCAGGGAGCUGAUGGACAUGCCCUGAAGGUAGCCCUGGGCAUGCAGAAACGCAUCACUGCAAAGCGAGAGAAGAUUGACUUUCUGCAGAGCCGUGUACAGAUACUGGAGGAGACGACAGAAAAGCUUGCUCAGGAGAAGGACUACCAGGCAAUGGAGAGUAAGCAUCAGGUGCAAGAACUCCUCUUUGAGAGGGAGUGCAGGAGGAGGCUUGAGGCUGAGCUGGAGACUCUCCACACGAGUGAGAGGCUCCUUAAGAGCAAAACCGAGAGGUUGGACACCGCCCUACACAAGAUGUCUGACAGUUUCGCCGAGUGUCAGGAGUUCAUUCAGAAGCAGGAACAGGAGAUCAUGAGGCUGAAACUCCAGCAUGCACUAGAGGUGAAGGAGCUGCAAGGUCAGAAUAUACGAACUACGGGCAACACCCGCAGAACCCCCAUCACCAGCCCUGCACCGCAACCCACCUUUCAGACCAGAUCCAAUGACCAAACGGAGUUAAUCAUAGAUUGCCGGAGGCCCAGCUCAGCCCUAGAGCUCCAGACCCUGGUGAAGGAACUGCGGCGUGUGAUUGAUGAGAAACGGGGCCCACACACCAGCCUUGGCGCCAGCGGGAGGUCUGAACAGUCACACAAUAGCAGAAAAUGUGAGGUGACUGAAGACACAGAGGGUCCCUUAAAGGACGCUAGGUGUAGAGACAUUGAGCAGGGCCCCUUCCCCACCACUGACCUUGGUAAACAAGACUUGAGCAGGGCUUUCUCAGCUGACAAUUUGGAGCUAGAAAUAAGAGCAGGACGGCCAUGGUGCACGUCUUCACCUAGCGUGACGGCACUGGGACGCAGGUCUCCGGUUCAUUCCUUACUGACCUCUGACCCUCCCACUGACAAACAACUGGCAUCCACUGAUAUCCCCACAGAAAGCCCUGUCACUACAAUCCAAAUAUUAGCAGGUGAGCUACAGAAGCUCCCGGUUGCCAGUAAGCGAGAUGAUCCAACACGGCAGACAUGCAAGAAACUGCAGAGCAAGCUGAACAAUCUUCAGAACCUGGUGGGGGACCUUCAAAUAAAGAACCAGGAAAUGACCUCCAUGAUAAAAAGCCAGGAAAGAAGAAUAAGGAAAGUCAAAGACCAAAACCAACCCCUGAAGAGAGAAGCUUUUGCACCAAAUGUGUGUUUCGGAUAAACAUUAUUUUAACAUAAAACGU